AUGACAGCAGACACAAGCCACAUGAGGAAAGCAAGGAGAAAAUAUGUAAAAAACAAUAUGGAGGAAGCUCGACAAGAGUUUCAUGGAAACAGGUAUAAAGAACUUUAUAGAAAAGUGAAAAGUUUUAAAGGAGGGACAUACCAUCAACACAAACUCAAAAUAGAUGCCAAUGGAAGAAUGUUAACAGAAGAUCAAAACAUUGGGAGAAGAUGGGGGGAAUACUUCACAGAAUUACUAAACUCUGAUGAACCAGCUGAACUACUUGAAUUUGAUGACCCAGUAACAGUAGACCCAGAAUAUCCUCCACCCACCAUUGAAGAGAUAAGGAACCAAAUAAAAAACAUUAAGAAUGGUAAAAGUCCAGGAGAGGACAGAAUUUCCUCUGAACUUCUCAAGGCUGGAAGCGAAAUCCUCUGUUUCAAAACCCACAAGCUAAUCGAGCAAAUUUGGGCAAAACAUGAAAUACCAGGGGAAUGGAAGGAAGCUCAAAGAUGUGAUGAUUCUGGGAUAGCUGUUAAGAAAAGUGAAUAA